AUGAACUCAACAGAUGAGCAGUUUCGCUGGAACGCUCAAGCGGAUGGACAGAAGGACAUCGAGGACGAGUUGACCACUGGUUUGGAGUUGGUGGAUUCCUGCAUUCGUUCCCUCCAGGAAUCAGGAAUACUUGACAGUGGAGAACGACCGGCUCUUCUUUCCCAGAGUUCCUUGCAGCUCAACUCCACCCCGGAGGCUUCGCUCCAGUACUCUGCCAGCUACCAUAGCAACCAGACCCUCGCCCUUAGCGACAGCAUCUCCGCAGCAACUCCUCAGCGCAGCGGGCAGGUUGGAGGAGCCGUGCACAGCUACAACCAGGUGACAUCUACUCGUGCAGCCCAGCAGCAACAAUCACAAACUGGGGCAGGGUCAGGUAUCUACUACUCCAGCUCCACCUUACCCAGCCAGCGUGUCAGUUCCCCUCUCUCUGGAGGAGGAGGAGGCUCGGGAUCCAGUUCCCCGGGUAAACUCCAACGCCUGGGAUCAGCCUCUGACACACCGGGGUACUCGACUACUCAGCGCCUGCCAUCCUCCUCCUCCUCUCCCAGCAAACAGUCUCCUGCUAAUCGACUGGCCAAGUCAUACAGCACCACAGUUGCUGUGACAACAGCAGGAGGGGGCGGGUCUCCCCUGAGAGUCGCAUCUCCACCCAACUCUACAGCGGCAGGGGGAGGGGCCAGCUCAUCAUCGUCCCCUCUUCACCAGAUGAGUUCAGGCAUAGGGAGCUAUGCCACUCUGUCUCCCAAACGACUGGCAGCUCACCACGCUUCUGACCAGUACAAGAUCUCCCACGAGCUCUACGCCACUGCUACACUUCAGAGGCCUGGCAGUCUGGCAGGCUCUCGUGGCUCCUACAGUAGUCAGCACAGUCAGGAGCCCCUUCGGCCCUUGGGGUCCCCAGAGCACCACAUAGAUCCCAUCUAUGAAGAGCGUGUCUACCACAACAAGGGCCCCAUGAGGAGCCUUAGCCAGAGCCAGGGGCCAGACACAGGCCCUUAUCGCAACAACACCGACCUCACCCAGCGUGUCCAUGACCAGGUCCUAAGUUAUGUCCUCUGUCCCUACUUUCCCACCAUAGCUCCCUCCUCCCCUGGUGUCGACUCCGCCCCUUUGCAGCGCACAGGAAGCCAUGGCACAGGUACAGGAAACUACAGCCGUGGUGGCACCAACAACUACGCAACAGUGGGACCAGGCUACACCUCAAGCGGAGGUGGCGGGGACGUGUAUGGCUCAGACCCCUAUGUGGCGGACCCCUACCGCACCUUGCAGUACUGCCCCUCGGUGGUGGAAUCGCCCUACAGCAAAUCUGGACCAGCCCUGCCGCCUGAAGGCAGCCUGCAGCGCUCGCCUUCUAUCGACUCUAUUCAGAAAGACCCCAGAGAGUUUGGUUGGAGAGAUCCGGAGCUGCCAGAGGUGAUCCAGAUGUUGCAGCACCAGUUCCCAUCGGUGCAGUCCAACGCUGCAGCCUACCUUCAGCAUCUCUGCUUCGGAGACAACAAUAUCAAAGCCGAGAUCCGCAGACAGGGAGGCAUCCAGCUGCUGGUCGACCUGCUGGACCACAGGAUGAGCGAGGUUCAUCGCAGCGCCUGCGGAGCCCUGAGGAACCUGGUGUACGGCAAGGCCAACGAUGAGAACAAAGUGGCCCUGAAGAACUGCGGGGGGAUUCCUGCUUUGGUCCGUCUGCUGAGGAAGACUGGAGAUGUGGAAAUCAGAGAGCUGGUCACGGGCGUGCUGUGGAACCUGUCGUCAUGUGAUGCUCUGAAGAUGCCGAUCAUCCAGGACGCCCUGGCCGUCCUCACCAACAGCGUCAUCAUACCCCACUCUAACUGGGACUCCUCCCCCAAUCACCAUGACGACCGCAAGCUCCAUCUUCAUACCUCGCAGGUGCUGCGCAACGCUACAGGCUGCCUCAGGAAUGUAAGCUCCGCAGGUGAGGAGGCGAGACGAAGGAUGAGGGAGUGUGAUGGCCUGACAGAUGCUCUGCUCUACGUCAUCCAGACCUCUCUGGGCAGCGGCGAGAUCGACAGCAAGACUGUAGAGAACUGUGUUUGCAUCCUGAGGAACCUGUCGUACCGCUUGGCAGCCGAGACGUCCCACGGCCAGCAGGGGGGGCUGGAGGAGCUGGAUGGUCUGCUCUGUGAUGCCAAUGGCCGUGACGGAGAGAGCUCUGGCUGCUGGGGCAAGAAGAAGAAGAAAAAGAAGGGAGCUGAUCAGUGGGAUGGCGUGGGCCCCUUCCCGGACACAGCCGAGCCCCCCAAAGGGGUUCAGAUGCUGUGGCACCCCACCAUCGUUAAGCCCUACCUCACCCUGCUGUCUGAAUGCUCCAACCCGGACACCCUGGAGGGAGCAGCCGGGGCUCUGCAGAACCUGGCUGCAGGCAGCUGGAAGUGGUCGGUGUACAUCCGGGCUGCUGUGCGUAAGGAGAAGGGCCUUCCCAUCCUGGUGGAGUUACUGAGGAUAGACAACGACAAGGUGGUGUGUGCCGUGGCCACCGCUCUCAGAAAUAUGGCCCUGGACAUCAGGAACAAGGAGCUCAUUGGUAAAUAUGCCAUGAGAGAUUUGAUCCAUCGGUUACCAGGCAGUAGCAGCAGCAGCAACAAUAACGCCACCAGCAGUGGGACCUCCGGGACCACAGGCCCUGCCAGCAAGGCCAUGUCAGAUGAUACGGUAACUGCCAUCUGCUGCGCACUGCACGAAGUCAUCACCAAGAACAUGGAGAACGCCAAAGCCCUGCGUGAUGCUGGCGGCAUAGAAAAACUCAUCGGUAUCGCCCGCAGCAAAGGAGACAAACACUCGGCAAAGGUGGUGAAGGCAGCCUCUCAGGUCCUCAGCAGUAUGUGGCAGUACAGAGACCUGCGCUCCCUCUACAAGAAGGAUGGUUACUCCCAGUAUCACUUUGUGGGCUCUGCCUCAACGAUAGAGAGAGACAGACAGAGGCCCUACUCCUCCUCACGAACUCCCUCCGUGUCCCCUGUCAGGACGUCCCCAAAUAACCGCUCUGCGAGCGCUCCAGCCUCCCCCAGAGAGAUGAUGAGUCUGAAGGAACGCAAGAUGGACUACGAUUCCACGGCAACCAACGCUGGUUUCCAUAGCAACAAAGGAGAGCACACAUCCCGGAAAGACGGCAUGGCAGUUCAAGUAUCCUGCGGGACAUCUACGUUGUUCCGAAACUCUUACCUGACUGCCAGCGAUGACAUUAAGCAAAACCAGGCUCCGGCCCAGCCCUGCGUCGUGCCUCCCCAGCCCCAGCAGGACAGCCCGCCAGCAGCCGUGCUAAAAGAUUACGACCCCUACCCUCCCCCUCCUUCCUUCCCCCAGCCUCAGCCGCCGCAGCCUCCACCUCACAGCCAGAGUCGGAGCUUCAACGAGGUCUACUACGAGGACCAGGGGCCUCCGCCUCCUCCGUCUCAGCCACAGCCGCAGGUCCAGGCGCAGGCCCAGCCUCAGGCCCAACCCCAGCAGCCUCCGAGCUCCACCGGACCGCCCCGAGACCCACGGGAAGACCUGCGCAUGCAUCUGGGCCUCAAAUCCACGGGGAACUACGUAGACUUCUACUCGGCCUCUCGGCCGUACAGCGAACUGAACUACGAGACCAGCCACUACCCGGCCUCGCCUGACUCCUGGGUCUAGUUAGACUAUGAUGAUGGGGGGGCAAGAGAGAGUCUGAGUGUGCGUGUGUGAAAGGGAUUAUUUUUGCAAGCGAUCAACAGCAGAUUAACACAAGGUGACAGCAAGUGGCAUGUUGAAACCGGGUCUUGUAGCCAGUGGCAGGAAAUUUGUGUUCUCUAAAAUAAGGGGGAAGCUAGACGGGGUUAAGAAAUGAAGUCAGGUCGAGUGACAAAGAGAGACUGUGCAUGUGCAUGCGGACAUUUUCCUUUUCUUUCUUUUUUUUUCAAACCACUUUAUUUCUUCAAAGUCAGCUCCAUUGCACCGGUGAGUGGAUAAGGAGGAAGUAGAUAUGAAGAAGUGUGUUUGAAAG